AUGUCAGAGGUGUACGUAAAUCGCAAAACAACGUCACUCGAUUUUGAUGCAUCCACUAAAAACGGAUCAAGCUUCGAUGCCUUAGAGUGUAUACUUACAAGCAGAGAUGAAACACUAGAUCCUAAUCCAAAAAAUGUAGAUUUUAUCACAUUAGAGAGCAUGCUUGUUGAUGCUGCAACAAGUAGAGACUUGGAAUCAUUCAGAAAAAUUGUAUUGCCACUGGUAGAACUUGGUCAAAUCUCGAGGUUGGAUUCCAUCAAUGCACUUCAUUGGGCUUGUUACUCUGGCUUCGUAGAUCUUGUUAAUAUUCUUUUAAACUCUGGCUGUGAUCCGCAUUACCCCGAUGAUAUCAACUUGGAGACUCCAAUUUACUUUGCCAUAAAGGCUUCAAAUGUAUAUAUUGUACAUUUGUUGGUAGAAAGAUAUGGAAUACCCAUUCUUUGUCAUGAAAAUCGUAAAUUUAUGUCCCCAUUUAUAACAGCAGCUUCGGAGUUUGUUGAAGAUAAUGUCGUUGAAACACUCCAUAUCUUGGAAUACCUUUACUUGGCUGGCGUUUCCUUGGAAGAACAAGAUGGACAGGGAAGGACAGCAUUGAUGCAUGCAAGCAGAAGGGGUUCUUCUGUUGUAGUUCAGUGGUUGCUAAGUCGAGGAGCAAAUAUGAACCACAGAGAUCAUUUAGGAAAUUCAGUACUUCAUCAUGCUUGUACUAGUGGUAGCGAAGAUACAUUGAUGUUGCUAUGUAAAAAUGGAGCUAUCAAGUUGUUGCAUUCUAAAGCAAUUGCAGCCACUAUUAGAGAACAAACUCCUUUGGGAAUAUCAUUGAUGAAGCGAAACUACCUGCAAUUCGCUAUUUUACUGAUUUGGUCAUUUCAGUAUAAUAUAACUGGAAGAAUAUUUUCUUUAAGGAGCAUGUAUCCGGUGUACUAUUGGAUUAUAUCUUUUUUGAACCUGUUUUUCUUCGUGAAGCUAUAUGGUAAUGAUCUAUAUAGAGGAACUAUUCUAGAUUACUGGAUAAUUAGCUGGAUAGCCUCACAAUGUUUUUGGUUUGCAACGUAUGUGAGUGAUCCAGGUGUUGCAAGAAAGAACCUUGUAGUAUCGCAAAAGGACCGUGUGUCAAAAGAAUUUACUCAAGAAUCACUCUACCCAGUUCAAAAGGAUGAUUUGUACGAAAGUAUGCUGAGUGAAUUAGAAAAUGAACAGUUGAUGGUAAACUACAACCUAUACAAAAUUACUGGAGAAAGCUAUCUUUUAAACUUUUGGUUCCCUCAUAACGAAUUUGAAUCGGAUUUGUUAAAGGAACCUCUUAAUGGCUACUAUGAAUCUCAUGCCUAUUUUGAAAACCCAAUCAAGGAACGGGUUCAAACAUGUAGAGUUAAUGCUGCGCACAUACAAACGGAGAUGAGAGCUUUAUAUGCUCAUGUGGCACUAGAUAGACAAUCAAAAUCUACAUAUGCUGAUCACAUUUUGUACAGAAAUAUUUGCGUUCACCCUGACACAUACAGGGAUGUUUAUAGAAAUAUCUGUAUAACGUGCAACAUGGAAAGGGCAAGCAGAUCACAUCACUGUGGAAUUUGCGGGAAUUGUGUGAUACAUCAAGACCAUCACUGUGCAUGGGUUGAUAAUUGUAUUGCUAGAAAUAAUCAGAGAUCCUUUUUCCUCUUUCUCACAUUUUUAUUUGCCACGUUCGUUCAAACACAAUAUAUACACAUUGUCUAUCUCUACUGCGAAAAGGAUUGGCACUCACUAUAUGCUCUGUGUAUACUUGGUGUUGAUGCUGGUAAUGCAGUUUUGCUGGCCUUUGUAGUAUACUUGUGGGCUAGGACGAUAAGGUCCAUGGUAACCGAUGUUACAUUUUACGAGUAUCUAAAGAAACCAUACUAUAUAAGGAAAAAGUUUAAGAAUACGCAAGGAUCUUUAUGGGACUUUUCAAAUACUUCAAUGAGAAGUGCUACACAUAACAUUUUAAAUUUCUGGACUUCCAGACACUACUAAUA